UGACAGAACAGAUUUCCUGUUUUUACAGUGGGAGGAGCCAUGUGUAUAAAUAUAAGAGGCACAGUAUGAACAUCACAGCACAGCCAGCAGCAAAACAAUCCAACCAGCAAGAUGGUUCCAGUGUUGAUGUUACUCAUGGUGGCUCUUGUAGCUGCAGAAUCUGAUACUGAUUCUGUUUCUGUGGUUCACUGUGAUGCCUCUACUUACUGUCCUGAUGGAACAACUUGUUGUCUGAAUCCUUAUGGGUCCUGGGGCUGCUGUCCAUACCCAAUGGGCCAGUGCUGCAGAGAUGGAUUACAUUGCUGUCCUCAUGGUUAUCUGUGUGAUUCGACAUCGACCUAUUGUCAGGGUGGGUGGCUGAGAAUGCCAUCUUCUCCCAGACUGGCCUUAAAAGCUAUCCAAAAAACUCAGUCUUUGUCCUUUGACCAGGCUCUCCAACAGAAGAGCCAGACUGAGCAGGUUCAUUGUGAUGGAGAUGUCUACUGCCCAACUGAGCAGUUCUGCUGCAAGACAUCAGCUGGCCAGUGGGGGUGCUGCAGCGGUUUGGUGUUGUAAAUAAAGGACCCCCAUGACCUGAAUGGACCUCUCAUCAAAAACUGCCAAAGUGCAAGAGGCUUUCAAAUGUCAGGAAAUUUAUAAUCCCACAUCCAAGAUGAAUUAAUACAAAAUAAAAAUGGGAAGAAUCAUAGUUUAAUUACAAUAAAUUGCAUAGUCAUUCAAUACAUGAUUUGUUUUUGAGAAAGUCUUACUAUUUUUAAUCAUCCAUCCAUCGUAUUAUUGUUUUAUGAAUGAAUCAAUCUUUAUAAAUGAAUCUUUUAAAAUAAACAACUUGUUCUCUUUCA